AUGGGAUCCAUACAGCAAAGUAAUGGCUCUCAUGAAGGCGUCAAAAAGCAGAUCCUGCUCAAUGCGUUUGACAUGUCAACUGUAGGACAUCUUUCGCCAGGUCAAUGGAAGAAUCCCAAAGACAAGUCUGCCAGGAAGAGGAAGCUCGAAUAUUGGAUCGAGUUAGCGAAGAUCCUUGAACGUGGCGACAUCAACGCCCUCUUUCUCGCCGAUACAUACGGCGGGUACGACACCUAUGAGGACAGUCUCGACAACUGUAUUCGGCGUGCUGCACAAUGGCCGAUGACGGAUCCGACAAUCCCCAUCUCAGCCAUGGCGGCGGUUACGAAGAACCUAGCUUUCGGUAUCACUGCUUCGACUUCGUUUGAGGCCCCCUUUCUGCUUGCCAAGCGGUUCUCGACUCUGGAUCAUUUGACCAACGGCCGUAUUGGCUGGAACAUCGUCACCUCAUGGAAAAAGGCGGCCUUCAAGGCCAUCGGGCUCGACAACCCCAUCGACCACGAUGAGCGGUACCUGCAAGCCGAUGAGUACAUGAGAGUCGUGUACAAGCUCUGGGAGGGCUCGUGGGCGAAUGACGCGCUGAACCCCAACCCGGAAGCAGAUUCAUAUGUUGACCCCGACAAGGUCCGGACAAUCCAUCACCACGGUAAGUAUUUCAACCUCGAUUCUCGACAUAUCGUGGACCCUUCGCCCCAGCGGACGCCGUUCCUGUUCCAAGCUGGCACCUCACCUGCCGGGUCUGCCUUUGCCGCGACGCACGCAGAGGCCAUCUUUGUAUCUGCGCACAGCCCGCAGGUGCUACAGCCCAAGAUUGCGAAGAUCCGGCAACUCGCCAAAGAGAAAGGCCGGGAUCCUCAGUCGAUCAAAUUCUUUGGCACCUUCACACCGAUCAUUGGACGAACAGACGAGGAGGCCCAGGAAAAGCUAGAAGAGGCCAAGAAAUAUGCCUCCACCAUUGGCGGACUCGUACUCUUCUCGGGAUGGACGGGGAUAGACAUUUCCAAGAUUCCACUGGACCAGGAUAUCACGGCUGAAGACUCGAUCGAGGCUCACAAAGUUAGGAGCAUGCUCGAUGCCUUCACGACCACAAGUCCUGAUGUCCCGAGAUGGACACCGGGGGUAGUUGCUGAGAAGGCUGCUAUAGGCGGGUUAGGACCGGUUGGAGUCGGCACUCCUGAGAAAGUCGCAGAUGAGCUGGAAAGAUGGAUCAGGGAAGCAGACCUCGAUGGAUUCAACCUCGCCUAUGUAACAACACCAGGAACGUUCGAGGAUGUGGUUGACCUGUUGAUUCCCGAGCUGAGGCGGCGUGGUGUGUACCCGCAGCCCAGGUCAGAGGACGCCGAGCCACUGACUGUCCGCGAAAAGGUGUAUGGCAAAGGACAGAAUGGGCUAAGGGAUGAUCAUGAAGGAGCGAAAUACCGUUAUGACGUGUACAAGGAGGAUGAGUCGGGCCCUGAAAAGAAGGACGAGGAUGGCACUUUGUCGUUGCCCCUCCGGACACAGAGCGAGGCGGAGAAAUCCUGA